GUACAGGUCUAUUAGAAUCGAAUUAUUGAAACUAACUUCUCUUUCAGGCCUACCAAAUCUUUCUCUUUAAAAUAAAUGUAAGAUUAUUUCAUAAUAAUUUCACUAGUUUUGAAGACACAUUACCGAGUUUACCUUCUAUUUGCCUGUUGCGGGAAGUUGACAGAUCGUUCGGUGCAGUCGAGAUCUUGCAUAAUUAAACAGACUUGCGCCCGUCCGUAAUAACUGCGUCGUAGGCCCUCAACCCAAAAUGACGGGGUACAUUCUGCCUCUGCUGUCUGUGGUCGCCAUCGUGCCCGUGGCCGCAGGUUUCUUGCUGCCAAGUUUCCUCGAGUUUGGUCAAUGCUUCGCGUAUCCACCGGCUGCCGACUUCAACAUGACAAAGUUUACAGGUACGUGGUACACGGUACAGUGGGUGCCCAAUGAAUAUAUACCCAUCGUAGCCUGUACCAACGCUAACUACACGGUAGUUGAUGACCAUGUCGUGUGCAACGAGCGCGGCCUAGACGCCCAGGGGGAGAAAAGGUCCCGAGUCACGAAGCUCGACCUGCUCACGGACGACACAUCCACGUUCAGCGCUCGGGGCGAGGGCCUGCGCCCCACUGCCCCCAUGAACAUUAUCGCGACGGACUAUGACACGUAUGCGUGCGUGUACUCAUGCAUGAAAACGUUCGCCAUGAAGGCAGAGUUUGCGUGGAUAUUGAGCCGCCAUCCUCUGUUGGAUAAACCCUCCAUGGAGGCGUGCAUGGAGGCAUUCACGGAGCAGCACGAAUUUGAUCUCGGAAAACUAGAGUCCGUGGAGCAGGGAAAGACUUGUCCGUAUUGGUCGCACUUGGGACUGCCCGAGAAGACGCUCUUCCUCUACAGCAGCGUCAACGACAUCAGCCUCACCGAACAUGUCGGCAAAAAGUCGGCGCAGUGGCAGGGCAGGACGCCCGGACACCGCGGCCCCGUUUCUGCGUCGACUCUACCACGCUGCUCUCACCUCAGUGUUCUAAUUUCUGUCAUUAGCUUACUAUGUAUGCAUAGGUAACGAUUGAAUUUUGAUACGAGUUUUUGAGAUAGUCAGCCUAAUGAGGUAACUAUAUACGGAAACAAUCUUGACAUCGCAUUGAAACAAUCACCGGAAACAACCUUAAAGAGAAUCUAAUAAUGUUACAAUGAAUCUUUUCGCUGUUGAAGUUACUUCCUUUCAAAAUCGAUCUAAGAUCUGCUGUUGCAUGCAGUCAAUCAUUAAUUUAAAAAAUAAGUGUUUUUUUAUCUGUAAUCAGCAAUUUUGUUCAUCUUUCCGCGUUUGAAUCAUAAUUGUCACGUGGAAACGCUUAAUUUCUAUCCCGAUGGCAAUAUGAUGAUAACACCAAGCUGAGUGUAUAAUAUGUUCUGGGGGGGGGGGGGUGUA